AUGUGGUUUUUGGAAAAGUACGAAAAUCUCAUCGUGACAUUUGAGUGUAGUUAUUCGUUGCCACGUUAUUGUACGCUGAGUGCUGAGUUUAUCGACAGACAUGCAGCAACAUUUGCCAGUUGGUAUGGCGGAGUUUGGACUAAUCUUUUCGUCAUUGAUCAAAACCUGCCAAUCUGGCUAAUUGAAAAGCAUGCUGACUUAAUUCCAUGGGAAGAUCUCUAUCCACAUUCUGGACGAGAAUCCCAAAAUGAUAUAUUUUGUGAAAGUUUUGCUCGUAAACAUGCAGAUCGUCGAAUCUGGCAGAAUAUUGGCCAUUUUGCGGUAUCAAAUGAAUUUGUAAUGGAACAUAUCGAAAAAAUGAAUCUUUUCAGAGAUUUGGACGAAAUUUGUGCACGUGACGGCAAUAGACAUUCAAUAUCAGGAACGACAAGUUGGAGUAGUUUACUGGAUAAUGGAACUACUUUGACGCAAUCUGUGUUUAUAGAUAUGUUGGAGAAAGGUGAAAUGUCUAUCAUUACUGCAUGCGCAUGGAUCAAACAUCGACAGUUAGAAUCUCAUAUUUUGAAGCAACUAUUAUCCAAGUAUGAAAAUAACAAAAGUAACCAUCGUGGAUAUAAACAAAUUCUCAGUAAAGCUCUAGAACAUCAAAAGUCGAUGACAACGUCCGAAAUGUUACAUACAUACACAGCGUCAAUGAAUAAGAAAUUAAUGAAAUCUUUACUAAAUAACCCUAGUUUCAAUCUUGAUACGUUCAAAACAGAACUAAUAAAAAGUCAUGAUUGUGGUGUAUGUUGUGAAUUUGCGGAAAAAUUGACUAAACAGAUUCAAAACAAACGUAUUUCUGAUAAAGAGUAG